AUGACGGUCUGCGGGCUGAGGGAUGAAGGGCUCCCUUUGACUUUAAUUAUAUUCCCUGUCCUAUUUGCCAUCUCAGAAGUGAAGAGUGAGGUAUCUAUGAAGCUCUGAGGGCUAGAGUUCAUAAAAGCCAAUGUCUGCAUCUGUGCUAGUUCCAGGUGGAGAAGGCACCUGGAAGGGAUACCAAGAGCUCAAGAAAAGGAUCUGAGUGAGGAAAUGACCUCCAGCCCCCUAAUGAGCCUGUUUCAGAGGGAAGCACAGCACAACCCCCCUCCACCCCCAGCAAAGGUGGAUUCCUCAGGGGAGGAAAUUUUCUAUGGACAGCUGCCCACUGAAGGACCUUAGGGCUCAAAGCAGCAUUGGGUGAUGUCGAGACAAGACUUGGGAAGUGUGGGCUGCCUGGCCUGCUGUUCCAUGCCCGAUUUGCUGGCUCUUUGUUAA